GCUGUGCACAUCUCCCCACUCCUGCCACCUUCUCCAUAUCCAUCUUUUAUUUCAUUUUUCCACUUGGCUGAGCCAUCCAGAACCUUUUCAAUGUAUAAAAUGGAAUAUUCUUACCUCAAUUCCUCUGCCUACGAGUCCUGUAUGGCUGGGAUGGACACCUCGAGUCUGGCUUCAGCCUAUGCUGACUUCAGUUCCUGCAGCCAGGCCAGUGGUUUCCAGUAUAACCCGAUAAGGACCACUUUUGGGGCCACGUCCGGCUGCCCGUCCCUCACGCCGGGAUCCUGCAGCCUCGGCACCCUCAGGGACCACCAGAGCAGUCCGUACGCCGCAGUUCCCUACAAACUCUUCACCGACCACGGCGGCCUCAACGAGAAGCGCAAGCAGCGGCGCAUCCGCACCACUUUCACGAGCGCGCAGCUCAAAGAGCUGGAGAGGGUCUUCGCCGAGACGCACUACCCUGACAUCUACACCCGGGAGGAGCUGGCCCUGAAGAUCGACCUCACCGAGGCGCGAGUGCAGGUGUGGUUCCAGAACCGCCGCGCCAAGUUUCGCAAGCAGGAGCGCGCAGCGGCGGCUGCGGCGGCCGCGGCCAAGAACGGCUCCUCGGGCAAGAAGUCUGACUCCUCCCGGGACGACGAGAGCAAGGAGGCCAAGAGCACCGACCCGGACAGCACUGGGGGCCCCGGCCCCAACCCCAACCCCACGCCCAGCUGCGGGGCGAGCGGCGGCGGCGGCGGCGGGCCCAGCCCGGCGGGAGCCCCGGGGGCGGCGGGGCCGGGGGGCCCAGGCGGCGAGCCCGGCAAGGGCGGCGCGGCUGCGGCGGCUGCUGCUGCGGCGGCUGCUGCGGCGGCUGCGGCGGCGGCGGCGGGAGGCCUGGCUGCGGCCGGGGGCCCCGGACAGGGCUGGGCGCCCGGGCCCGGGCCCAUCACCUCCAUCCCGGAUUCGCUCGGGGGCCCCUUCGCCAGCGUCCUGUCUUCGCUCCAAAGACCCAACGGUGCCAAAGCCGCCUUGGUGAAGAGCAGCAUGUUCUGAUCGGGGGUCCUGCGGCGGCGGCGGGGGCCGGGCGGGCGGGCGGGGAGGCCGAGGCUGCUGUCGCCGCCGCUGCCGCGGCGGUUUCAUCGAGGCCUAAAGUAACCGCGAUCGGAAUAAAGAGAAAGUGGCGUCGCCCCCACUUCAACCCCACUCCUACCCCUUCCUCGACCCCCAAACAAAACAAAACAAAAAACAACUUCCCUGGCUUCGCACCUUCCCCGGGCCGCGCAGAGGGGCCGGGGGAGACGGGGUGCGGGCAGGCGGCUGGACUCGGGGCGCUCUCAGGGGGCUGUCUGCGUGUCGGUGGGUCUGUCUCGGGGAUGCUCGUCUGUGCCCGAGCAGGUGACAGGGAGAGAUGGGGGCUAACUAACUCAGUGACUUGCUUAGAAAAA